AUGGAGCUGGCCGAAUCCAGCGCGUUGGGCAUGUAUCUUGUUUUGGAGGGAACGACCAUGCUACAUGACAUGAAUAUCUACUUUGUUUCGUGGUACACGCCCAUUCUGCUCGAGGCUUACAAGUUCUGGUUCUAUGCCAUCUGUAUAGCAAUCGUCAGAACUACUUUGAUUCUUCUCCGUGGCCCCGCAGAACCGAGUCCUCACAGUAGUUCUACAGAUGUCAAUGAAAAGAAGGAGAAGGACCCGGAGCCAAUUCCAUCGACGGCGUCUCUCUUGAACCAGCUUGUGAUUGAUUCCUUGAACUUGACAAUUCCCGGGUCUUUAUUGGGAUGGAUCCCCUAUAUUCUUCUUGGUCAAGUCGUAGCUAUGGUCAUGUCUGAUACCCAGCAGCAUGGCAUCGCCGGUGUACAGCAGGACGAUUUGACUAUUCCGCUCAUCGACUUCUCCCCCUUCCUCACCGACGACGAAAGCAGCAAAAAAGCCACCGCCGCCGCCAUCCUCCAUGCCUUCCGCACCAGCGGCUUCCUCUAUCUCUCCAACACGGGCAUCCCGCCCUCCACCGUACAAACCAUCUUCAACGAAUCCGCGCACUUCUUCGCGCGACCCGAAGCGCAAAAAGAGCUGCUGAGCUGGGACACUCCGCAGUCGAAUCGCGGCUAUGUGAGAUUCGGGCGCGAGAAAGUCACGCAGUCGUCCGACCCGGAUGAGAUACUGCGCCUGCGCGCGUCCAACCCCGAUUACAAGGAGACCAUGGAAAUCGGCCGCGAAGGGGUGGCAGGCAUGCCGAACAAAUGGCCGGAGCACUUCGAUGACGACGGGAAACGCUUCACUGCGACCAUGCGCGCGUUCCACGAUACCUGCAGCAAACUGCAUAUGCAGGUUAUGCGUGCGAUUGCGCUGGGGAUGGGAUAUGACGAGGGCUUUUUCGAUGGCUUCACGGAUGCCGCGGACAAUAAUCUGCGGCUCCUGCACUAUCCGCCGGUGCUCAAGAAGGUGUUUGCGGACAAUCCGGACGCUGUGCGGGCGGGCGCGCAUUCGGAUUACGGCUCGAUCACGCUGUUGUUCCAGGACGAUGUUGGCGGGUUGGAAGUCAAGUCGCCGCGCGAUACGUGGGUGCGCGCGGUGCCCAUCAGGGACACGGUUGUUGUGAAUGCCGGCGAUUUGCUGGCGAGAUGGAGCAAUGAUACUAUCAAGAGCACGAAUCAUCGUGUAGUACAGCCUCCGGAUUCAGGUUCAGGCGAUAUGUAUCCGCGGCGGUAUAGUGUGGCGUAUUUCUGCAAUCCGAAUUUCGACAGGACCAUCGAGGCGUUGCCAGGGACGUUUGGGUCGGAGAGCGAGAAGAAGUAUGCGCCUAUUAACAGCGGUGAUUAUCUGACGAUGCGGCUGGCUGCUACGUUUUAG